UUCUACCUUCAACGUAACAGCAAAUCAAAAGCAAUAGUUUAAAAACAAAAUCUGGAUUUCAAUCUUCGUCGUAUGCAUAAAAUUAUUUAUUUAUUUUUCUAGAUUUCUCUCUAAUGUUGGUUUAGCGAUGGCGUUGAAAUCCUCAGGCAGGAGAAGGCAGCUCUCAUUCGAGAUUUUAAGCCAGAGUAGUUCUGUAGAAGGAGAACUCCGAUCUUCGCUUCACCGAUCGGGUUCAGAUCCGACCGAACUCCAAAACGGCGUCGCUAAACCGUCCCGGAGUAGUCGGAAGAAGAAGAGACAGAGGAAGAGGAAGGAGUUCACGUCUGAUUCCGCGGUGAUCCCGGAAGAUCCGGUCGCGGAAAAGCGCGGAAGCAGUAGCCCCGCCGCCUCCGUGUUGGAUUCCGAGAAUUAUGGGAUCAGGGAUAAUGGAAGCGUCAACAGGAUCAGUUAUGUCGGCGACGGGAGCGUCGUGGUUAUGGAAGAGAGCGUUUGUCAGAAUGUGUGGGGUUUUGGGGAAUUGAGACAGAGGAAUGUCAUUGGAGGAGGUGAGGAGACGGAGAAGGUGGCGUCCAGGACGGAGGAGGGUCUUGUGGGCAUGAGUAUUCAGAAGGAUCCGUUGCCGCCGGCAUCGCCUCAGCCAGUGGCUAAUGCGAAUGUGGCUAAGAAGCUGGAGACAGCUGAGUCGUUGGAUUGGAAGCGUCUUAUGUCAGAGGACCCCAAUUUCCUUUAUUCGUUGGAGAAAUCACCGGCAAAAUACUUUUUGGAUGAAAUGUAUAGUGGAAAUUCAUUGCGAAGGACAACAACAUUUGGUAGUGAGAAAGAACGAGAGAGAGUGUAUGACACCAUCUUCCGCUUGCCAUGGAGAUGUGAAGUGCUUAUAGAUGUUGGCUUCUUUGUCUGCUUUGAUUCGUUUCUGUCCUUGUUAACUAUCAUGCCAACAAGGAUUAUGAUUAAGCUUUGGAGGUUCCUGGCUACAAGGCAGUUCAAGAGGCUUUCUGCGGCAGAGCUGUGUGAUUUUGGCUGCUUUCUUAUUCUGGCCUGUGGAGUCAUUCUCUUGGGACAAACAGAUAUCAGCCUAAUAUAUCAUAUGAUUCGUGGGCAGGGAACAAUCAAACUCUACGUGGUCUACAAUGUGUUUGAGAUAUUUGAUAAAUUAUGCCAAAAUUUUGGUGGAGGUGUGUUUCAAACCCUGUUUAAUUCUGCAGAAGGACUAGCAAAUUGCUCUCAGGAAAACAUGAGAUUCUGGAUCCGUAGAUUUGUUUCUGAUCAAGCAUUGGCUAUGGCUUUCUCAAUUCUCCAUUCUUUUAUUUUAUUAGCUCAGGCAAUUACGUUAUCUACUUGCAUUGUCGCUCAUAAUAACGCACUAUUUGCUUUGCUGGUAUCCAAUAACUUUGCUGAGAUAAAAAGCAAUGCCUUUAAACGCUUUAGCAAGGAUAACAUCCACAAUCUCGCAUACGCAGAUUCAAUAGAGCGAUUCCACAUUUCAGCAUUCCUCGUAUCCGUAUUAGCUCAGAAUAUCCUGGAAGCUCAGAGUCCUUGGUUUGAAAGUUUUUUUUUUAACGCUUUCGUGGUUUUCUUCUGUGAAAUGUUAAUUGAUAUCAUAAAACAUUCAUUCCUUGCCAAGUUCAAUGGUAUCAAGCCCAUUGAAUACUCGGAAUUUCUUGAAGAUCUGUGCAAGCAGACGUUAAAUAUGCAAACUGAAGAUAACAAAAAAAAUCUCACUUUUGUUCCUCUUGCUCCAGCUUGUGUGGUCGUUCGAGUGCUGACUCCGGUAUAUGCUGCUCACCUGCCGUACAGUCCCUUGCCGUGGAGACACUUUUGGAUCCUUUUCUUGAUCUCGGUGACCUAUAUCAUGCUCACAAGCCUAAAAGUGAUGAUAGGCAUGGGCCUUAAAAAACAUGCAACUUGGUAUGUCGAUAGGUGUCGUAAAAGAAAACACCAUCUCCACUUUGAAUGAUUCGAAACAAUAUAAGGUGAAUAUCAUCAGAAAAGUUCGGUUGCAUCAUUUCUAUGCUUCCAUACGGCUACGGAAGUUUCGACCGGAACUCGUGAAUCAAGUAGCAGGAUGCAACAUAGAUUUGAGAUACGGCGAACCGAGUCCGAAAGAGCAAGUUGUCUACUCUUGAUACUGGGAUUUACAUGUAUCUGGCUCUUCGGGUCCCCCCCCCCGGCCCCCCCAAAAACAAA